CUUUAACCUCUCUACAAUAAUUUGGCUUCCUUAAACAAUUUCGGCUUUCUGAAAUAACAUCAAUGACAUUUUAAAAGGUCGGCUUUGAACUGCAACUCUUGAAAAGAUUUCGGCAAAGUUUUAGUUCAGACAAACGAGGGAAGGCGAGAAAGCAUAUCUGACUCUUUGAAUAAACCAAAAAAAAACUUAUAAAAAUAUCAUGAAGAUUAUAACGGAAACAUUAUAUCAGAUGUUGGAAUUGGAUUACAUACUUUCUAUAAAGACUCCAAUUUGAUAUUCAAGUUACCUCAGUAAAACAUUUCUCCUUCUUUAACCGGAAGACCAAAGCUCUCACACACACACCUUCAGACACAAAGGCCACGCACACACAACCAAACAGAACAAGAAAGCAGAAGGGACACUGCAACAAACUGCAAUGCGGUACCAGAAAACUCGUAAAAAAUAUUCCAAUUACAACAACAACAACAAUCGAAGCAGCAGCAAAAACAACUACAGCACCAACAAAAUUACUAAUUAUAGCACAUCAUUAGCAAUAAAUUUCAACAAAUAUCGACUAAAGAGUUUAAGUAAACAAACAAAAACAACAGCAACAACAACUACAGCCACAAAUCAUUUUUAUCAUCGCACAGCAACAACAACUAGAAAAAGACGAACAGCAACAACAAAUUAAGUACAAAACUAAAGCAUACUUAGUAGUAAUUAAUUUCCAUUAGCGGCUAGACUAGAAUCAAAUCAAAAAAGAAAACAGGAUUACCCCAAAUAACUAUUUCGUCGUAUAGCACGGAACAGCAUCCAUCGCCAAGAUCCUCCAAAGAGGUUAAAAAAUUAAUCUUCGGUUACAUUUUUUUUUAAUUUCAACAACAAGGACAACUGAAAGAAGCUCCUGAACACAAAUAAAACGGACCGACAACAGAGCGUUUCUUUUUCAAAAGGGUCAUGUUUGAAAAACCGCCCAUUUGGGUUAUAGUUGUGGGCCUAUAUGUCUGCAUUUUGAUAUGGUUGAUCUCAGUCCAGGAACCGGUUAUGUAUGAUGCCUCAUCCGCCAUUAUAAGCAGUGGAAGCAUCAACAGCAACAACAACAGAUAUAAUUUACAACAACUCAAUGAUGUUCCUCCAUCGUUACAGCAACGUGUUGGCCGGGGUGAUCGUGAUGUCAAGGAGAUAGGUCCCCCCUUUUCGGGCAGACAUUUGUCAUUUAGUGAUCUAAAUGCCUCCAGCACUAUCACAACUACCUUGAAUUGGAAUGUAAGCAACGGUAACAGCAGCAGCAGCAGCCAAACAACAUCAUCCAAUCGUACUGGGGAGGCCAUACAGAGUACCACCACGGUUACUGAUCUCCUAGCCAAUAUUCAUUCAUUAACUUCUAGUCUGGGAACGGGUGUUCUCGAAACGAUACAAAGACCCACACCAUCAUGGAUAAAAAUGACUGCUGUUUCUUCAGCACUGCCGGAAGAAGACUUCAAUCAUUUGAUAGAUUUAAACGACUUCCAUUAUCUUGUGCCUCAGCCGGUGUGUAGCUCAAAUGUGGAAGCCCUAAUACUGGUGCACUCGGCACCGCACAACCAACCGAAACGGCAAAUAAUACGCGAAACAUGGGCCAGCAUUGGUCGCCAUAUGGUCGAUGCACCCAUUCGGGUGCUAUUUCUAUUGGGUGCUGUCCAAGAGGAAUCUUUGCAGCAUGACGUCAUCAGGGAGAACACUGAAUAUGGCGACAUCAUUCAAGGUUCUUUUAUGGAUGAUUAUCGCAAUAUGACCUAUAAGCAUGUCAUGGCUUUUAAAUGGUUCCUCUACAAUUGCCCUGAUGCCCAGAUCUUGAUCAAGGUGGAUGAUGAUGUCUAUGUAAAUACACCGCAAUUAAUUAAAUAUCUCAAGGCUGAGCAGCAAAAUGAUAAUGCCACAACAGCCCCAAAACAUGCUGCGGAUAAGGGACUGGGAGCGUCGGCGACGGCCGAAGAGGAGGAACAACAAGAAGCAAAUAAACCCACCAUUAUAACUCUUAAUGAUACAACCAAAAAGACAAAAUCCACCAAAAAAUCUCUUUACGAGUCAUUGAAAAAUUUUGCAAAUUCAUUCAGUUCAUCAUUGUCAUCCGCAUCCGAAUCGAGAGAAAAUUUUACCGCCUCGACGAGGCUCUUUCACCGACCACAAAAUCUACUGUUUUGCCAGAAGAUCACCGGUUCAUUGGUUAAACGUUCCUAUCGUUCCAAGUGGCGUGUCAGCUUCAAAGAAUAUUCCGAACGUUAUUAUCCACCCUAUUGUCCCGGCUAUGCCAUUAUCUAUUCACCGGAUGUGGUGCUACGUCUGUAUAAUGCCGCUCAAAAUUUUAAAUACUUUUGGAUCGAUGAUGUCCACAUAACCGGUGUUCUGGCCCAGCAAACCAACACAACUAUAACCACCUCAUCACAUUAUGUUCUCUACAGUGACGAAUGUGAACGUCUAUUGACGGGCAAGACUGAUCUCCAAGAUACGGAAUUUUUGUUCGCCUGGCACAGUAUAUCGGCGCAGCAAAUUAAAGCCAUUUGGCAUCUGCAAAUGAUGUCGCUCACCUCGCCGGAUGAUUUGCUCUACACCAGAAGCACUAACCAUAACAGCAGCCACAGACGAAAGAAGUCAAGGAUACGCCAAGAAAUCUCCAAGAAUUCAAGAUUAGCCUACAAUAUCACUACCAACAAUUUGAUAACGACGGCGGAAGGCUUCAGAUAGUAGACCCUCUCUCUCUUUCUCUCCAAGCAUCAAAUGGUGGCCCACCUGCACCAGCGAACGAACGACAAGGAAGCAGAAGUAUAAAGAAACGCUUACAUUAGUUUAGGUUUAUUACUAUGAUUAUAAUUACAUAUUAUAAAUAUAUAUAUAAACAAAUAUUGGUUCUUAUUUUGUUUAAUUUUAAUUUGUUUUUUUUUUUUUUCCUGUGUCAUUGUAAACUGAAGAAACCCACAAAAUACUGGCUUUAUUUUAAAUAUUUUACCUAAAAUAAAUUAAAAAAAUAUAUAUAUUAUUUAUUUGAGAAGAAAUGAAAUUAAAAAUAGAAACAAAAAGAAAAAAAAAACUAAACGUAAUGACAUUUGCAUUGUAAUGUAUUUAAUAUAUAAUUUUAAUAAAUUUACUCAGAUGUGCCCCUGUGGUAUGGUAAAAUUUGUUAAAUGUAAA